GAUUAGCAAUAACAAAUUAGAGACUGAAGACAAGGACAAGGUGAGGUGAUUCCCAAAAAUAGGUGUUAGGUUCUUCUUAUGUGGAUCGUUAAAUUUGGAAAGGGAGGAAUAAGAGCUUGCAAGAGGCUUUUUCAAGACUUGAAUGCUCUUACGGCUGUUGCACUGGUUAGAUUAUGUGAGAAGUGAAUAUUUGACUGAAUGUCUGGCUUUGUAACAGGACUGCAGAAGUUAUGUUUUGAUUUGUGUAUGGUGUGUUGAGUUAAGCUGUUGUUGUUUCAUCGCUCUGGUUUUGGCUGCGGCUUUAUGUUCUGAGGUGUAACGAGGGUAAAGAGUUAUGGUCAUGCUAGCAGAGAAGGUGAGGCAGAGGCUUUUGCCGGGCUCGAGCUCUCAAAGUAGUUAUGGGGAUGAUGAGGAAAUGGAUUCCAAAGAAGAGAUGAAAGAUUGGCUGUUGAGUGUUGGUAUCAUAUCUCCAGUAACAAAAGAGUCUGCAGGUGCCAUGUAUCAUCAACAACUGUCCUGUCAGUUGGCAGAUUUUGUCAGAUUUCCUCUAAAGAAAGCUGGAGGAGUGAUCAAUCAAUCUUGUAUGGACUCCCCAACCGUGCUCGCACAGUUGAUCUCACCUGAGGAUUGGUUGCGAGCACUUUCUCUUUGGGAGAAGUUUGAUGUGUAUGCAUGAUACUAUCUUCAACUGAUCUGGAAUUAUGAUUGUUUGUCUUGAGAUCCAAAAGAUGGAUUAUCUUCGCGACUUUCAACUUAUUCAUAAGAUUGUACUUAAGCUGCUAUAGACAAAUAUAUCACGUAAGUCACUACCAACUGGCAAUAAAUAAACUGAUUGUUGGUUUUAUUGAUGGGUAUAAGAUAUGUUCUUUGUGGAAGAACUUGUAGUGUUGUAACACAUUAUAUAAGAGAGCUAGUUGAUGAUUAGUAUUAAGACA